GUGAUUGUGUGGAAAAUGCGUUUGAAGUAACCAAUGCUUGCUGCCUGCUUAACUACCUUUUCCUCCAGCAUUUUCACAUUUGGAUGUCUAUAGCACAAUGCUGUGUGAAGAAAUACCUAAAAAUGGCUCCUUUUGUUGAAUUAUGCUUCUUCUUUAAUUUUUAUGCAACCAUUUUUGUUUUAAAAGAUGGAUUAUCUGAAGGUUUACUGAUAGUAUCUGCCACUUUCUCUGUUGCAUUACUACGCAACUAAAACUCGAAAUAGUGUGCCAUCAGAUUAUUAGAUUUGGUCUUUUCCAUGUUUUAAAUGAGGGAAUUAAAGAUCACCUUAUGCUGCAGGAAGUGAAGGAUCAUUCCAGAUUUUCAGUAAAUUGCAGCUAAUCAUAGUAAAGCUUCGAACUGCUUAGAAUUCGAGUAGUUGUGUGUUUCUGAGUUGUUUUGGAGGAAAAAAGCACCGGUUUAGCUCCUGCAAUGGCUGAUUUUAUGAGAGAGAACCAAUCUCGAACAUAUAACCAUUACCACCACAAUCCAGAACUCAGUCAUCCCCAUGACAAUCACCAUCACGAGGCUCAUCUCGCAUCAACUUCAAUUCUCUUAAUCCUCAUUCCGAUCUUCAUAGUCAUUGUACUCCUAGCAAUACUCUUGUUGGUAAUAAUGCUUAGAAAACUGCAGUCCUAUAAAUCCCAAGGCAGCACUAAAAGUGGAAGCAUCAUAAGCAGCAAAGACUGCAUUUUCGUUGCUGAUCAUUGCUCUAUAAAUAUCAAUUCUAGCCCUGAUUUGAAAGGUGGAUGCUUAUAUGGAAGCAGUACUUCAAGUAGGAUGGUUAUUGCUCCAACUAAACUUAGAGGAGUGCAAGUGUUUACUUACAAAGAGCUUGAACUAGCUACAGACAAAUUCAGUGCAGCAAAUGUGAUAGGUAAUGGAGGGUAUGGGGUGGUGUACAGAGGCACUUUGAGUGACGGUACUUUGGCUGCGAUUAAGAUGUUGCACAGAGAAGGAAAGCAGGGAGAACGUGCCUUUCGGCUGGAGGUUGAUUUACUUAGCCGCCUUCAUUCACCUUACUUAGUUGAGCUUCUUGGCUACUGUGCUGAUCAACAUCACAGGCUUCUGAUAUUUGAAUACAUGCCCUCUGGUUCUCUGCAGCAGCUUCUUCACUCUUGUAAUCCUGAACUUACUAAGAUUUUAAAUUGGGGAAUGAGAUUGAGGAUUGCCUUGGACUGUGCCAGAGCACUGGAAUAUCUGCAUGAAUACACCACCCCAUCAGUAAUUCACCGUGAUUUCAAGUGCAGUAACAUCCUUCUCAAUCAUAAUUUCAGAGCAAAAGUAUCUGAUUUUGGUUUGGCAAAAAUCGGUUCCGACAAGAUAAAUGGUCUCAUUUCGACACGGGUAUUAGGGACCACUGGAUAUUUAGCCCCUGAAUAUGCUUCAACUGGGAAGCUUACUACUAAAUCAGAUGUAUACAGCUACGGGGUGGUUCUUCUUGAGCUAUUGACAAGUCGCGUACCAAUUGAUACCAAGCGUCCGCCUGGAGAACAUGUCCUUGUAUCUUGGGCUCUACCUAGAUUAACAAACAGAGAGAAGGUGAUGGAAAUGAUUGAUCCAGCUCUGCAAGGUCAAUAUUCCAAAAAGGAUCUAAUUCAGGUAGCUGCUAUAGCAGCAAUGUGCGUGCAAACAGAAGCGGAUUACCGGCCUCUAAUGACAGAUGUUGUGCAGUCCUUGAUUCCUCUGGUCAAGAAUCUCUCGACAAAUUACCCUUCCGGUUCCUUCAGAUCCAGUCAAACUGUCAGUCCGCGGAAGUAACGCUUUUCUGACCUCUCCAAUGACUGCAGUUCUGAUCGAAGAAUGUGUCCACUCCAUACAUAGUUCAAGAUAGAAUGAACAAAAGAAUUGUAUCAAUUUUUAUUAUGGUUUGUGGAAGGAGGAAACGAUGCAAAGAAGUUGGUAAGUAGUCUAUUCCCAUUUUCUGCUUGGAAUGUUCGUGUUUUGCGAGAUCGGAGGGAGGCAACAACGCAAGAUGUCAAGGAUAAGAGCAAGUAGGCUUCUCCAUUUCAGGCAUUCUAACUCAAGAUUCUCUCCUGGAUUAUGUCGUAAAUAAAUUGCUGAUUCUCAUCAAGUUAGUUCAUGGUUCGAUUUGAGAAGCACUGAUCAUUCUUCUAGUGCCGGUUUUUUUUAAUUGACUGAUUCAGUGGUUUUUAUGAAUACAAUCAUUUAAUUUAUCAUCGGUUCAAUUUGUUGUGGAAAAGCUUAGCUUGUGAUUGGUUAUCUUGGAUUAUCAAAACCCUCCAACUUUGAUCAUUCUUUGAAAUUGAUUCAUAAUUUUAGACAACUGGAUCCCUUCUCUAGUUUAAACACUUCAGUAGCAAAGCUAAAGAAGUUGAGAGCUAUGAGGCCGUUGUGC